CGGCAGCACGAGUGUGUGGAGAAGCUCAAUAUGCACGCCAUCCUGAGCGCUUCCAUGGGCCAGGAGCAGCUCCUCACCGAGCUGCUGAUCACCUACGCCAAGAUUCCUGUUCUCAUUGGGGAGUUGAUCUCUGUGGAGAUCUGGAAGCACAAGAUCUUUCCUGUGCUGUGCCGGCUGGAGGACUUCAAGCCAAGAAGCACCUUCCCCAUCUACGUGGUGCUGCAUCAUGAAGCCUCCAUCAUUAACCUCUUGGAGACAGUGUUUUUUUACAAGGAGAUCUGCGAGUCAGCAGAGGAUGGCAUUCUGGAUUUAAUUGAUUAUUGCCACCGAAAACUGACCCUGCUCGCAGCGCGAAGCGCCAAUGGACAGAUAGUGACCUCGACGGAGCUCCGUCCCGAGGAUCUGGUCAGCCCCUCAUCCAUGCAGGAGCUGCAGAAGCAGGCAGAGAUGAUGGAGUUUGAGAUUUCCCUGAAAGCCCUGUCCGUGCUGCGGUUCAUCACCGAUCAGGUGGAGAGUCUGCCCCUGAGCGCGCUGACGCGGAUGCUGAACACCCACAACCUGCCCUGCCUCCUUGUUGAGCUGGUGGAGCGUUGCCCCUGGAGCUGUCGCGAAGCAGGCAAGCUCAAGAAGUUUGAGAAUGGCGCGUGGCAUGUGGUGCCCCCUGAAGACCAGAUGAAAAUGACCAAACUCGAUGGGCAGGUGUGGCUUGCCCUCCUCAACCUUCUGCUCAGCCCUGAAUGCCAGCGCAAAUACCACUUUGAUGGCUUCAACAAGAGCCAGCUCCUCAAGCUCCGUGUGUUCCUGACAGAUGUCCUCAUUGACCAGCUGCCCAACCUGGUGGAGAUGCAGAGAUUUCUGAGCCACCUCGCUGUGACAGAGCCGGCUCCCCCAAAGAAGGAUCUUGUCCUGGAGCAG